AUGUGUCCGAGUGACCAGUGCACAAUAAAGUUGCUGCAACUAUCACUCUUCAAUAUUAGCCCUGAGAAUCAUCGGUGCUGUGGCUUAUCCCUUACUUCAUGGUCGGACAAAGACUUUGUGCCACAUAUUUUGCGUUUUCUAAAGAUAUGCUGUCAUCUUGCUUCUGGUCCCCUACCUCGUACAAGUAUUAACAUAUCUAUCCUUUCUGAGCAGGUACAUAUUGCAGGCGUGGGUGAUUACAGUUUAGUUGGCAUUACAGGCUUGGCUGAUCCUUGCCCUUUACCUUCGGCUGCCAAAAAGAAGGGACUCCGAGACAAGGAGAAACUAUUUUAUGCACCAAUGUCUGGGCUGGGGGAUCUCCUUUAUGAUAAGGAUGCUGUCUACAUUAACAUAAAUGAUCACUUAGUGCAGUUCUCUAAAGCUGAUGAUGAUAACAGUGGAGUGACACGCAAAGGAAAGGAUCGCGAUGUGGGUGAGGUCCUGGUGAAAUCACUUCAGAACACAAAAUAUUCCAUUGAUGAGAAGUUGGAGAAAAGUUUCAUUACUUUUUUCAGCAAGAAACCUGAUAUCCUAUCAGAAGCUUCAACUGAUGUGAAAUAUGCUCAUGAACCUUUUGAUCAGACAAAAGGUGUUGAGCCUGUGGAUGAACAUCAGUUGGAGCAAGCAUUUAAAACUGAUGGGUCUGGUGAAGAAAGUGAUUCUGAGGAUCUGGACAGUUUGGGAUCUCCAGAUGACGAUCAAACCUUCGGAAAGGAUUUAGAUAUAAGAGCUGUAGUUAAUGAUCCUGAUGAAAAUAAUUGUGACGCAUCCGAGCAGCAGCAUUCCUCUAAAAUUAACUUGACGGAACAUGUUGACUUUUGUGAAGGAAGGAUGAGGAGAAAAGCUGUCUUUGGUAAUGACAUUGAUCUCGAUGAUUUGAAGCAAAAUCAAUUUUUAAUGAGCAAAGCCGCAAUAAAGAAACAAGAAGAAAUUAAUGGGACAAAAAAGGGAGGGGUGUACCAUGUACAUUCAAGAAGCAAUGCUAAAGCAAAAGAAUCUGACUUAGAAGUGGCAGGUGUUAUUCUACUUGAGCUCCGCAUCCCCAUUGGUUUUAUCCAUAACAACUUGAUGUGUGCUUUUGGGUGGACUGCACAUUGGCUAGGAAGAUUAGUUUAG